UUGUGUUCCCCUCUCGUCGUCCCCUUCUAAUUUGAACUGCGCAGCCGCCAGAGCCCCCGUUCCCGUACUCCAUUCGCCGCCGCCACCAAACCCUGGCCCUGUCGCCUCGUCGCGCCUCCUUCUGCCGCAAUGUCGACCUUGGUCGCCGGGCGCCGCUCGUCGGUGUCGUCCAAGGCAGAGAAUAUCGGCGCUAGGGCUGCCAAGCUGACGGCGCAGGAUAAGAAACGCGUCGCCCUUGGGAACCUCACCAACAUCGUCGGCGGGAGGGCUUCCGCGGCCGAUGUGAAAUUGAGUUCAUCCAACUCAGUAGCUUCUGUGAAGAAGGGGAGUUUUGCAAGCUUUCCCAAUGUGAACAGCAAAUGGGGUUCGCUCACAAAAACAACUUCCAACCAGUUUGAUCAAGCCAUCUCACACCAUGGCAAUGCCCUUCAGAAGGAGAAUCUUAGCUGCCUUCCUUUGCCUGACAUUAUGCGUACAUUGGCGCCACAUCGCAGCUUGUCUGGUCUGUCUGAUGAUUCUGUUUCUAUGGAGGAUGAUAUGCUAACAUGCAAUUCAGUGCAAAGCCCUGAUCUUGAAUACCUCGACAAUGAGGGCUCUUCAGUGGCAAGGGCAACUCCCUUGCACUGUUGUGCGAAUGAUAAACUUCACAUAUCUGACAGUCGGGAUGUUACAGUAACCAACUUGAGAAAGCAAGGUUCAACUCCAAUGGAAAUCGACAGUAUCUUUGACAUUGACAUAAACUGUGAGGAUCCACAACUGUGUGCAACUCUUGCUUGUGACAUUUACAAGAACUUGCGUGAAGCUGAGACCAAGAAAAGGCCUUCACCAGAUUAUGUGAAAGCCACUCAGAAUGAUAUUGACACAAGCAUGAGGGCAGUACUAAUAGACUGGCUUGUGGAGGUCACAGAAGAAUAUCGUCUUGUUCCUGAAACCUUGUACCUCACAGUCAAUUAUGUUGAUCGGUAUCUUUCUCACAAAGAGAUCAAUCGACACAAGCUACAGUUACUUGGCAUCGCCUGCUUGCUUAUAGCUGCUAAGCAUGAAGAGAUCUGUCCACCCCAAGUAGAAGAGCUCUGCUACAUUACUGACAAUACAUACAUCAAGGAUGAGGUUUUGCAAAUGGAAGCUUCUAUCCUGAGUUGCUUGAAGUUUGAGAUGACUGCACCUACAGCAAAAUGCUUUUUGAGGAGAUUUAUACGUGCUGCUCAAGUAUGUCAUGAGCGCCCGGCUUUGCACCUUGAGUUCCUAGCAAGCUACAUUGCUGAGUUAUCACUGCUGGAGUACAGCUUACUUUGCUAUGCACCUUCACUAAUAGCUGCAUCUUCUGUUUUCUUGGCGAACUUUAUCCUUAAGCCAACAAGGAAUCCUUGGAAUACCAGUCUCUCUUAUCACACACAAUACAAACCGUCGUCCUUACAUGAUUGUGUAAAGGUACUACACUUGCUUUUCCGUGUUGGCCCUGGAAGCAACCUCCCUGCAAUUAGAGAAAAGUACAGCCAACACAAGUACAAAUUCGUAGCGAAGAAGUACUGCCCGCCAUCAAUUCCAGUUGAGUUCUUCCAAGAUACUAGAUAUUAGAAUCCCAGAUUAUCUCCGAUUACGCACUGAAGUCUUCCCAUGGCCAGUGGCCCCAAGUGCUAGACUGAUUUGUACAGAUUGCUGUGGCAUACGGACAGCGUUGUAAUUAGCUGAUUGGUAUCCUGUGCAUUAUAGAGGAACCUGUGCAGCUGUGUUCAUUAGCUCAGGCGGCAAUGUUGGGUUAGUGCUUUCUUCCUUUCAUAUGAUGUUUAGCUGCUGUAGUAUUUUUUGUAUGUACUGUACAUCAUAGAUGGACACUGGACAGUGAGCUGUUUCUCUUAAAAAUAGCUUCAGUCGUAGGUCAUGAGUUGUUUGA